AUGACUAAGAUUACAUGGAAAUCAAUCAUCCCAAGUUGUUACAAGAUUACCAAAAGCAAAGUAGAAGAAGAAGAGGUUUCAAAACAUUGUUCUUUCCAAAGGCUAUGCCUCUCUGAUGUAAGCAUUACAAGCUCUCCUAAGGACAUUGAAGAUCUUUCAACUUCUUUUGUUGGAUCAAAGCUUUACACAUUCACCUUAGAGGAGCUAAAAGAAGCAACGCAUAAUUUCUCAUGGAGUAACAUGCUUGGUGAAGGUGGGUUUGGACCUGUUUACAAAGGUUUUGUUGAUGACAACCUUAAACGUGGUCUGAAGGCUCAAUCCGUGGCAGUUAAACGGUUAGACUUGGAAGGCUUGCAAGGUCACAGAGAGUGGCUGGCAGAGAUUAUAUUUCUUGGGCAGCUAAGGCAUUCACAUCUUGUUAAGUUAAUUGGAUACUGUUGUGAAGAAAAGAACAGGCUUUUGGUGUAUGAAUACAUGCCAAGAGGUAGCUUAGAGAACCAAUUAUUCAGAAGGUAUUCUUCUAGCAUGCCAUGGUCAACAAGGAUGAAAAUUGCAUUAGGUGCUGCUAAGGGCCUUGCAUUCCUUCAUGAAGCAGAUAAACCUGUCAUAUACAGAGAUUUCAAAACUUCAAAUAUCUUACUUGACUCAGACUACACAGCUAAAUUAUCAGACUUUGGGUUAGCUAAGGAUGGUCCUGAAGGAGAAGAAACACAUGUAACAACAACACGCAUAAUGGGGACAAAGGGCUAUGCUGCCCCUGAAUAUGUCAUGGCAGGUCACCUUUCUACCAAGAGCGAUGUGUAUAGCUAUGGAGUGGUUCUGUUGGAGCUUCUUACAGGGAAGCGAGUGGUGGAUAGGAGCCGGCCGAGUCGAGAGCGGAGCCUGGUGGAAUGGGCAAGGCCUAUGUUGAGGGAUCAAAGGAAGCUGCACCAUGUGAUGGACCCAAGGUUGGAAGGGCAGUUUCCUAUGAAAGGAGCAGUUAAGGUUGCUGCAUUGACACAUAAAUGCUUGAGUCACAACCCCAAUCCAAGACCCUCAAUGAGGGAUGUUGUCAAGACAUUGGAGUCACUUCAAGACUUUGAUGAUGUCUUCAUAGCACCAUUUGUUUAUGUUGCAGUCAGUGAAAAGAAAUAGACAUUAUACUCUCCAAAGUGUCAUCAAAGACUUAUUAGUUGCAGCAAUGUAGAUAAAAUAUAGUAGAUAGCUAGCAAAGUUAGGAAAAGAAGAAAAGAUUAUGGUUUUGUCACUUAAAUUUGGAAGGGACAACUUGGUCAAUCUAUCUACAUAAUGAUAAAAGAUAAAUGUAAAUAAGCAGUAGUACUGAGUAAUUGUGAGUACAAGCUAAGUAUAUAUAGGUAUGCGAAUUUGAUUGUAUAAAACUGAACGAAGAAUGAACUAUCUAUCUAUUUAUAUCACA